AGCGAUUGCAAAUCUCCGAAAUUCAAGUGCCCGACGGCGUUUGCCCAGUGCUCAGAGUGUAUCUCUAUUCGACAUUGCAACGUUUGGUGCUUGUUCAUCGGAGCGGCUCAUUGUUAUGGGAAGCUUCCGAGCUGGCAGCUUGGUGAUUUUCUCGUUCGGCAUUCAAGCCUGAACUAAAACCCCCAAUCAGAGCAUGACUCCCAUUCUCCAAGAUAUUUGCUCGUGCAAUAUAAAUGGUAGCAUCUUGCUAUACCAAACGAGCUUUCUCCCGUGUGCCAGUGGACAUAUUUACAGAAGUCUAGAUAUGAUCUAGGUCAACUGGCACAAUGGCAUGGCCAUAUCAUCUGGCAGAUCUCAGCCCAGAUCAACUACAUCAACGUCGAAUACUAUUAGAUCGAUAUGGGAUAUAUGCUCAGCUCUCGGUGCUAAUACCAGUACUCGGCUAUCAGCUAUUCAGAUUUGGUGGAUGGGUAUAUUCAACAAGAAAAAAAUUGCCGGUAGUUUACUCUACCAUCCCAAAUUCGUCAAUAGAGAAGCCUUCGAGAAAGUUGACUUCUGAAGCAAUUACAAGAAGAUGGAAGUCUGUAGUGUGGUGUUUGAACGGCGAAGUUGCUCCGAAUUUGGGAUUCAGAAAACAUUGGAUAGCUGCUGCAGCGUGGACGUUGUGGUUGCUCUUUCUUUGCAUUUGUGAGACAGGUCAAGACUACCUUCAUGUUACAAAACGAUUCGGAGUCGUAGCUUCAUCACAGCUUCCUGUUCACUACAUGCUUUCGAUGAAGUCUCGCUAUUCGCCUAUUGCUUUCGCCUUCAAUACUUCUCAUGAGCAGCUCAAUCCUUGGCAUCGCUUCUCCGGGGGGAUCAUUUACUUCCUUCUUCUCUGCCAUGCAACAUGGUACAUGAAUUUCUUUAUUCAAGCGAGAGUCUUGAGUCAGCGGCUCAGUUCGCUAUCAUCCAUCACUGGAAUUCUCGCGAUAACCCUCUUGACCAUCCUUGCAAGUACGAGCCUCCAAAGAGUACGACGAUGGAGCUACCGAGCAUUCUACAAUUCCCACCUUGCCAUUGGACUCUCAAUAUUACCCAUCAUCUUCUUUCAUGCAAAAUCUCUCCGCCUGUAUGCAAUUGAGGCCCUAGCGCUCUUUGUCGCCGAUCGAUUCUGCAGGAAAUUGGACACCGUCACCGGCUUCGCUACCAUUAUGCACGUCCCUCACACCAAGCUUUUGAAGGUCAAAAUUCCAAUCCCUGCGUCAAAACUCUCCCGAUUUCGAGCCAUGCCUGGCCAGCAUGUCUAUUUGUCUAUUCCACCCGAAAGCGCCGUUGCCGCAAAAUCUUCGCCGUUCACCCACAGUCAUCUCGCCAACCCAUUCAGUGUUGCUGAGGUCUCUGAGACGGACAUCACGUUGGUUCUUCGAGCCCGUGGCGGUCCAACGACCCAUGCACUAUGUAACCUGGCAAAUCCUUUGAUGGCCAAGUCUCCUAUCAGUAUUGAAGGGCCAUACGGCAGCUCUCGACAGUUUGCAACUCUUUCAAUGGAAUUCGAUAGAAUACUUCUCGUGGCAGGUGGUAUUGGCGGGACCUUUAUCUUACCCAUCUUCUAUGCUUUACAAGACAACAUCGAUGCUGAAGACAAAGGAGCAGACCGGGUCACGUUUACGUGGUCAAUGAAAUCAGUGGCAGAGAUUGGAUGGUUAAAUGAUUUAGAAGAAGGCCAGCCGCUUGUACAAAACAAGAAUGUCAAGAUCCAUUUGACACAAAACGAUUCUUUGACAAGCUCAUUCAAUGAUGCAGUUUCAGCAGCAGAUGGCAGCAUUGAAAUGCAAAUAUUACAUGACCUAGCAGAGGUGGAAAAUGGGCGCCCUGACUUGAAGAAGCUUGUGGAUGAUAUAUUUAAUUCUACAAGCCAGCAACAAGUUGCAGUUCUGUUCUGUGGACCACUAGAAAUGGGACGGGAGCUACGUACAUAUAUAGGCAG